CCCCCUCCCCUCGGCUCUGUCCCUCCCACUCCAGGCAUGAAUGCUGAGACGUGCGUCUCUUACUGCGACUCGCCCGCGGCCGCGAUGGACGCCUACUACAGCCCGGUCUCCUCGCAGAGCCGCGAGAGCUCGCCUUCUUUUCGGGCAUUCCCGGCGGCUGACAAGUUCAGCACCGCGUUCCUGGCGGCCAAGGGCCAGAGCUACGGUGAGGCCAAGUGCCGGGGCCGCUACACCCCUCAGCAGCAGCAGCCUCCGCCGCCGCCGCAGCCCCAGCAGCAGGACGCGACUGCGCCCCUGGAGAGCAGCUCGGCCCAGGCGCAAAGCGGAGCCGGGCCGCGGGGCUCCUUCAGCAAGUAUCCGCCGCCCCAGACGCCCCAGCCCCAGCCUCCACCGCAUCUCUACCUGCAAAGGGGAUCUUGCAAAACGCCCCCGGACAGCAGCCUUAAGCUCCCAGAGGGCAGCGGAGGUCACAACGGACCCCUGCAGGUUUCCUGCUACGCCAAAGAAAGUUCCUUGGGAGAAACUGAGAUAGCACCCAACUCUGACCCAGUGGGGAUGGACAGCAACUACCUCGGCGUGAAGGAGGCUGGGGUGAAGGGCUCCCAGGACAGGGCUGGCACAGACCUACCCAGCCCCAUGGAAAAGGUCGACUCAGAAAGCAACAAAGGGAAAAAGAGACGGAACCGUACUACCUUCACCAGCUACCAGCUGGAAGAGCUGGAGAAGGUCUUCCAGAAGACCCACUACCCAGAUGUCUAUGCCCGAGAGCAGCUGGCCAUGAGGACGGACCUCACCGAGGCUCGGGUGCAGGUCUGGUUCCAGAACCGACGGGCAAAAUGGAGGAAGCGGGAGAGGUUUGGGCAGAUACAGCAGGUUCGAACUCACUUCUCUACAGCUUAUGAGCUGCCUCUCCUUACCAGAGCAGAGAACUACGCCCAGAUCCAGAACCCAUCUUGGAUUGGUAACAAUGGAGCAGCUUCUCCUGUCCCAGCCUGCGUGGUACCCUGUGAUCCAGUACCCACCUGCAUGUCUCCUCAUGCCCAUCCUCCUGGUGCCAGUGCUGGUGUCUCUGACUUCCUGAGUGUCUCCGGGGCCAGCAGCCACGUGGGCCAGACACACAUGGGCAGCCUGUUUGGGGCCACAGGCCUCAGCCCUGGCCUCAAUGCUUAUGAGCUCAACAGUGAACCUGACCGGAAGACCUCCAGCAUCGCGGCCCUGCGGAUGAAGGCCAAAGAGCACAGUGCUGCCAUUUCUUGGGCCACAUGACAGGGCCCCUCAUGCUUUCCCCCUACCCCCUUCCCCUGCCUCGGGGCAUUGGCCAAGCCCCUGGUCCCCAGGCCAACUGCCUAUUCGACUCUCCUCAUUGCCCAAGGUCCUGGGAGCCAGGGUAGUUUCAGGAAGUUGAGAGAGCACUUUUAGCUGCCCAAGGUCUGGGCUGAUUGAGUCCUCAUGGACUUCCUGAUGGGCAAGGGAACAGGCCUGGCCUCCCCUCGCUCUGAGGCUCUUGUCCCACCCACUCUGGGUAAAAAAGGCAGUAGAAAAAGUCCUGUUGUCAAAUUCUGAAGCUUUUCGUCCAUUGGAAAGGGAGCCAUCUCUCCACAUCCUGAGCCCCAAUUCCCUCCAGCCAGAUUCCCGUCCAGACAGGGCCUGACCCUGGAGUGGAGAACAUCCCUCAUUGUGACCCAUCUCUUUCUGUAGCAUGAGUACCUUCUUCUGGAAUCUCCUAAUGAAAUGGUUCCUAUGCACCAAGGAGACAUUUCCCAUCCACUCCUCCAUUUCCCUCUCUCUCCGUGAAAUAACACAAGUGCCUGCCUCUGAAACCCAGGGUUGCCUGCCUCUCUCUGCUGCUGUCCCAUUUGCCAAAACCCAGACUGGGUACUUGACUGAGACUCCCCUAAACUGGAUGCCCAUUGGGAAGGAGGAACUGAUAGCCUUUGUGGUUGGUUUUUUUCUUUUUUUGGGGGGGAGGGUUAGGAAUCACAAGAAGAGCCAGCCUUAGGACUGAUGGUAUGCAGAUUGGGUCAGGGAGAACAGAAGGUUGUGAUGGAGGCUGGGACCGAAGGAUGGGCAGAUAGCCAGGGAGACAGUCUCCCAUCUUCCUCCUGUCCAAGAGACUGAGUGCUAAGAAUCAAAGGGGGCUAAAGUGGGGAAAGAGAAAGACCAGACUCAGGGGAUGGGUGAAGAGAAAAGAGUGAUCUCCUUCAGGGCUAGACUGCUCAUAUCACUGAAUCCAAAAGGAAAGAACCCCAGUAAGGAAGAGCAAUCUGUUGCGUGUGGAGGGAGUCCUCAGCACAGUAACAGGCUGGUACCAAGAGUGCAAAGCACAGAGAUGGGAGGUGAGCCCUGGAGAAGAGCAAGGGACAGGCAGAGGGAAGCUGGAUCCUCUUCAUCCUCAUUUCCCAACCUGCCCUAACCCACAAGUUUGGGAGACAGGUGGGGAAUGGAGCAGAAUCUGAAGUUACCUCUGAUGCUUAGUCAACUGAGGCAGCUAGGGCUAGAUUCUCUAGAGGUGCCACAGACUCUAUAGUGCUCUAGGUCCCCAGGGGAGAUAGGCUAGCAAACUAGGAGGAAAGCUUUAUACUCUCUUCCUGCUUGGGAGGGUGGGGGUGGGAGGAGGAGGUACUUUGGAAUGGAACCACCAGAGGUCAUCAGGUUCCUCCUCUGCCUCCAGGCAGUGCUGCACACCAACUAUCUCAGAUCGAUUCCAUUCUUUUUCCGUUCGCAGUCUUCCAACAGCUCAUAACUUAUUCUGCCAGGACGUCCUUUCAUCUAGCCCCAAUACUUUCCAUAAAAGUCGAAAUUCACACUCUCCUGACCCCAGAUAAAAUAGUUAUUAUCGUCAUAACAGCCCUUCCCAUAUUUGAAAACCUUUCAAUGAGUUCCUCCUCAGCCUUCUCUUCUUGGGUAGAAAGAACCCCCUAACCGUUUAGCCUUUCCUUAGACAUCUCAUAGAAGGAAUCAAAUGUUUCUGGCUAAGGGAGUGGCUCCUGAUUCUACCCGACUCUCUGUGCAAUGCCACUUGCCCAGUGGCUGGAUCCUGUGCAAUGUGAUGCCAGGGACCCUUGGGAGCUAGACAGAGUGACUGCUUGUUUCUGUGAAUGGUUCCUUUUCCACCCAGGGGUUAGAUAUAGAUAGAGUAGAUAUAGACUAUCAUCAUGAAAACCUGCCAGCCUACUGGUCCAGUUCUAAUCCCCACCAAGAUCUGCAGCUCUAGCCAUACUAACAAGAGUCUCCUCCCCAGUGCUGGUUCCCCUAACAUGAGUCCAAAACCCUUACUCCUAUGCUGACUAGUCUGGAGUGGGGUCCACACUGGCUGCUCUCUUUGUGUUUCAUUCAUGCCAACAAACAUGCAUUAUUGCCUAUCUAGUAUAAGAUACCCACAGUAAGGGAACUCAGAGGCCAUCCCUUUUUAACCCACUCAUUUUUACAGAUGAAGAGAGUCCCAGGAGGUGAAGUUACUUGUCCACACAGGUAGCAAUUCUCAAGUUGGAUUUGAACACACAACCUCAGCCUCCAGAGCCGAUACUCUUUCCAAGGGUAAGGCUUGGUGGGGGAAGAGGUACCACAGAGGCUUAGCUCUCAAGGAGUUGGUGAAUAUUGGAGUGGUGUGAGGAGAGAACAAAUGCACUAUUAUCACAAUACAAAGGAGGGUGAGAUCAGUGCAAAGGAAGAAAUUGGGGACAAAGCGACUUAAGGUAUUUGAGAAAGGAGACAUCACUUUCAUGGGUCGGGGGUGGGGAACAAGGCAGAAAAAACUUUCUGGAGGAUUAGCAUCUGAGUUGGACUUUGAAGGAAGAGAGAGAGAGAGAGAGACCUUAAUAGACAGAGGUGAAUGUAUUGAGACAGGAGAGGGCAGGAUGGCUGGAAUGUAGCAUAUAUAGAGGAGAAUAGUUUGAGAUAAAGGCUCUCUUGGGGAAACUGAGCCCCUCUCACCCUUUGGAAUACUGCUCCCUGCCUCAGUUCUAGACACUGGAAUGUUGCCUCUCUCUCCUUGCCUGGUCUCCUAAGUCUUCUUCUCAGGUGAGGAUCAGGAAUGGCUCUGAGGCAGAGGGGUGGUCAUCAUAGAAGAAGGAAAUUAUGACCCUGAUCUUACCCAAGGAAUAUUCAUUGAAAAGCCCCACAAAUGGUACUCACUGCCCUGCUCUUCCCCCACCACCCCCAACCUCAGCUGCUUUGAGGUUCAGAUCCUCCCACAUGAGAUUGUAGAUCUAGAGUUAGGCACCUCAGAGUCCACUUUCCACCCCAUUUUACAGAUGAGGAAAUGAGGCCCAUGGAAGUUGAGACUUGGCCAAGGUCACACAGGUAAUAAGAGCCAGAGGUGAGAUUAGAAUUCAGACCCUCUGACUCCAAAUUAAGCACUCACGCUACCUGUGAAAAAUUCCUCAGGAACCCAGGUGAGAGGAGACCCAUUGCUCUUACUCCUCCCAGCAGGGGACUGUGUGCCUGAGGAUCUCCAUGGAUGAAUGGGGAAUCUGGGUACGAUGAGAUGAAGGGAUUCACCCAAGAUUACUCCCCAAAGGCAAAACGGAGACGAGCCCUCUGGUCUCACCUUUUGU